AUGGAAGAGCACAAGGAGGAAGAGAUGCUAGAUAUCCUGCGACUGAACGUGGGUGGCUGUGUUUACACGGCCAGGCGCGAGUCCCUGUGCCGAUUUAAAGACUCCAUGUUGGCUUCCAUGUUCAGUGGUCGUUUUCCUCUAAAAACAGAUGAGUCAGGGGCUUGUGUUAUUGACCGUGAUGGACACCUGUUUAAGUACCUUUUGGAUUAUCUCCACGGAGAAGUUCACAUUCCCACAGAGGAGCAAACCCGAGUCGCUCUGCAGGAAGAGGCUGAUUACUUUGGCAUCCCUUAUCCGUACAGCCUGUCUGACCACUUGGCCAAUGAAAUGGAGACAUAUUCUUUAAGGUCAAAUAUAGAACUUAAAAAGGCUUUAACAGACUUCUGUGAUUCGUAUGGUUUAGUUUGCACCAAACCAACAGUUUGGGUUCUUCACUAUCUUAACACAUCCGGUGCAAGCUGUGAAAGUAGAAUUAUUGGAGUAUAUGCCACAAAAACGGAUGGAACAGAUGCUAUUGAUAAGCAGCUAGGAGGAAGAAUUCACAGUAAAAGUAUUUUUAAAAGAGAGGCGGGAAAUAAUGUUCAGUACAUUUGGAGCUAUUAUUCAGCAGCAGAACUGAAGAAAAUGAUGGAUGCCUUUGAUGCCUGGGAAGGAAAAGGCGUCAGCUACUGGCGGGUGCCGCACGAGCUGAUCGAGUGCUGGACCCUGGAGGAGCGGCCUCUACUGGGGAGCCUGCGCCACAUGGCCCCCCUUCGGAAGAGGAGGCUGAUGGUGCUGGACGAAGGGGAGGAAGGCGUGAACUGUAAGGUUGGUCCUAAACCUGUCAGGUUUUCGGGCCCUUCCACCAGCACCCAAAUCAAGGUCAAGAACUCGGCUUCCGUCCGGGUGUCCCCGUCUCCAAGCGGAGUGCCCGCUCAGCAGUCUGCACUGUCUAAGGCCCUGUCCCUGGUGGGCACUGAGGGUCCUGAAAAUGGGGCCACACCCCCCCCUCCAGCCAAGGUCCUGCUGUGCGACAAGAAGGCCACCCCACCUCGGGUGAUAAAGCUGAAGAGGACUCCACUGUGUGCCACGGGGCCUCCCCCGCCUGCCUGCCCAGCUGCCAGCCCCAAGGGGGCCCCGCCACCACCCCAAGCGCCCACCUUGGAUGUGCGGACUGAGAACAGGCAGGGCAAGACGGAUUGA